AUGGAGGACAUGGACCCGCCCGACCCGUCUGUCCAAGUGGUACGAAGUUUGCUCGCUUGCGCGGGCUGCUUUGUGCCAAGCAGCGCUUUUGCCACCAGCACCGCUGACUGGCAGCCCGAGCCCCAGCCUGCGGGCCAGGGCUCGGCUGGCGCGACUGCGCCACCCGGUCCACGCUCCGGCGCCACUGCGCCGGCCACGGCAGAUCUGCCGCUGCGCCGCGCGCCCGAGGCGCGCGGCGGAGCAUGCACCCUCGCAACCCACCUGGCUGCUUGGCGCCCCGACCCCUCCCUGACCGCCCCCGAAAGCGAAGCCCGCGCCCUGCGCGGCCACCCAACCGAUUCUGACUCCGACCCCAGGGCCUAG